ACAAAAUAUAUUAAAAUGGGACGAAAAGCAAAAUUUGAUGAACAAAUGCCAAGUGGUCGUGGAAAAAAAGCAAAAAAGCAAGGAGAUCAUAUUCCAAAAGGAGUAUUAGUGAAAGAAGAAAAAAAAUUAAGUCAUAGACAAAAGCAACGUGCAAAAAAAAGAUUAUUAAAGAAGUUACUUAUAAAUGGUAAUUCAAAUAAAGAUGAUCAAAUGCAGCUUGACAAUGAUAACAUAAUAGAAUUAAGAAAAACAAAGAAAAAAAAAUCUUUUAAGAAAGAACUACUUACAAAUGACAAUUCAAAUGAUGAAGAUGAUCAAUUUACAAAAAAAAAAUUACUUGAUAGUGAUAUAGAGGAUGAAUAUGAUGCUAUUGAAAAUGAUAAAGAAGAUGAUGAUAGUGAUCAAAAUGAAGAAGAAGAUAUUGAUAGUUGUAAUAAUGAUGAUAAUGAUGAUUUACUUCCUAUUGAGAAGGCAAAUAAAAAAUUAAAAAAGAAGCAAGAAAAAGAACAAAAAUUGGCAGAACAGGAAAUGUAUGAUAUGACCUUACAACAAUGUGUCUUUACUUUUCCUUCUGAAGAAGAACUUGCAGAUGUAACUAAUCUGAAAGAUGUACAACAACGUAUAAAAGAUAUUGUUAUGGUAUUAUCUGAUUUUAAAAGAUUGCGUGAUAUAAACAGAUCACGUUCUGAAUAUAUGGAUCUUCUUAGGCGAGAUUUAUGUACAUACUAUAGUUAUAACAAUUUCUUAAUGGAGAAAUUGAUGCAAAUAUUUUCAUUGGAUGAAUUAUUAGAAUUUUUGGAAGCAAGUGAAGUUCAAAGACCCAUGACGAUACGAACAAAUAUAUUGAAAACACGUCGUCGUGACUUAGCCGAAGCUUUGAUUAAUAGAGGAGUUAAUUUAGAUCCUAUUGGUAAAUGGACAAAAGUCGGAUUAGUAGUUUAUUCAUCGCAAGUUCCCAUGGGUGCGACACCAGAAUACCUAGCAGGGCAUUAUAUUCUUCAAGGUGCAUCUAGUUUUCUGCCUGUUAUGGCUUUAGAUCCUAAAGAAAAUGAAAAGAUCCUUGAUAUGUGUGCUGCACCAGGAGGAAAAUCAUCACACAUAGCAGCACUUAUGAAGAACACAGGUGUACUUUUUUCAAAUGAUGUAAACGAAGAUAGGAUAAAGGCAGUUGUUGGCAAUUUUCACAGACUUGGUAUUACAAAUUCUGUAAUUUGCACUUAUGAUGGACGAAAGUUACCAUCAGUAAUUAAAAAUUUUGAUAGAGUAUUAUUGGAUGCACCUUGUACUGGUACUGGUGUUGUUUCAAAAGAUCCAAGUGUUAAAACAAAUAAAGACGAAGUAGAUAUACAACGUUGUUGUACAUUACAAAGAGAAUUACUUUUAGCAGCUAUAGAUUGUGCUAAUGCACGUUCAGAAUCUGGUGGAAUUAUUGUUUAUUCAACAUGUUCAAUUCUUCCAGAAGAAAACGAAUGGGUUAUCGAUUAUGCACUUAAAAAACGUGAUGUUAAAUUAAUAUCAACUGGAUUAGAAUUCGGUGCUGAAGGCUUUACAAGUUAUAGACAAUUUAGAUUUCAUCCUUCAUUAAAAUUAACUAAACGAUUUUAUCCUCAUAUACAUAAUAUGGAUGGAUUUUUUGUAGCAAAAUUAAAAAAAUUCUCCAAUAUUGUUCACAAAAAUAAAAAUAAAGAAGAUGAAUUUCUUGAUUAAUAAUAAUAGAUUAAAAUAAUUAUUUUUAUAAUAAUUGUAAUAAAAGAUUGUUUGUUUAAACAAUAUAAUAUAUAAUAUAUAAUUGAAAAUAUAUAAUUUAUAUAUAAAGUCGAUGUAUUUUACAUUAAAAUUUAUAUAUAAAUUAUUUCUAUGGUUAAAUUAUAUCUUUUAGAUUAUAUUGUUUAUACAUUGUUAUACAUACAUUUAUAGAUUCAUUAAAAAAAUAAAUAUU